CCGUCAAACGUGAAGAAACUUUAGUAGAAGAGAAAUGGAGAGCCAUAGAACAUUAAGGAUAAAUUCAGGAAGGUGUGAGACCAUGGAAAUCUUGCCUGCUCUCUAAAUCAUUUUCCAAGGAGAGGUUGCUAUCGUGACAGAUUGUGGAACCUUUAUCAAAAUCCCAGACUAUGGGAAGCAAGGUCUGGUCCAUCCAACUCAUAUGUCAUCCUGUCAGAUGGAUAAGCCCUUUGGGAUAGUAGAUUUUGGAGACAAAGUGUGGUGAAGCUUAUUGGCUGAGAGAUGAAAAAUUAUAGGAUAAAAGUAUCCCUCUCCAUGAAAGUUGUCAACCAAGGGACUGGGAAAGACCUUGAUCCAAACAACAUUAUCAUUGAGCAAGAAGAGAGGCAGAGGCAGAUCUUUCAGGAUUACACUGGGCAGAUUUCCCUCGAGGUUGUCCUGAACACUACAAGCAAGUGUAGCUGUAAAGGCCACUUUGCAAAUAAUUGUUUCAUGAAACCAGGUGGGACCAAAUACUCUCUGAUACCUGAUGAGGUAGACGAGAAAGAGGCAAAGUCUGCAGAAUUUGAGAAGCCUGACCCCAUGAGGAAUUCCAGAAAAAGAAAGAAGUCAGAAGAAAAGAAAAAGAAACAUGGAGACAAGAAGUCAUCUGACUCUGACAGCUCAGACUCUGAGAGUGAUACAAGCAAGACAGCAAAGCACACAUCAAAAGACAGCAAGGCAGCAAAGAAGAAAAAGAAGCAGCACAAGAAGCAGCACAGGAGUGACAGUAGAAAAGAGUGA